AUGGUCCACCAGGAGCUUCUGAAGACUGUCAUUGGCAAGCACGGCCUGCUGAGCCUGACUCACUUCACCCAACUCGUUGCUGCAGUUAUCUGCACUCUGGAGGGCGGAGUCGACACUAUUGCUUUCAGUUCAUCGACAUCGCCCCUCGUGCUCCGCCGAUGCUACCCAGAACAAGAAGAACCUGGACUCCACUCUGGGUGA